GGAGAGCACAGUCGUACUACAUUAACUAGUGUCACGUACCGCACAGAGCAUACGCAUCGAUACCGACUUCUCAUAGCCCAUUCGAGCGAUUUCACAACUCUAUAACUAUGGGCGCUAAAGAGAGCGUGGAGGCUGCUAAAUUUUCUGCGCAAAAUUGGAACAAUUUCGAGCAUGGCGUUGUGAAACAUCACUAUAGACACGGCACCCAGCGCUCGCAGAGCCUCAACCGCGGCCACUCCUUGUCGCGCACUGAUGGCACCUGGUGACAUCACGGGACCGCGGGCAGCAUAGUGCAGUGCGCCGAGUGCGGCACGCGCACGAUGGGCAACAAGUUGUCGUCGUGCUCCUGCGCGCCCAUCCUCCGCAAGGCGUACCGCUAUGAAGACAGCCCGUGGCAGAACUCCCGACGACGUGACGGACACUUAUUAAGACUCUGGGCGGAAGUAUUCCACGUGUCCGCAAGCGGCGCGGGCACAGUGAAGUGGCAGCAGGUGUCGGAGGACCUGGUGCCAGUCAACAUCACCUGCAUACAAGACUCGCCCGAGUGCGUUUUCCACAUCACCGCGUACAACUCGCAGGUCGACAAGAUCCUCGACGUUAGACUACUGCAGCCAGGUACCCGCAUCGGGCAAGCGUCGGAAUGCUUCGUGUACUGGAAGGACCCCAUGACUAACGACACCUGGGGAUUGAACUUUACUUCUCCCAUUGAUGCCAAACAAUUUAGAGAAUGUUGUUCACCAUCAUUCAAGUUUUCACGCAAGGCGUCAUCUAGUUACAGCCUAAAAUUAGAACCACCUGGGAGCAAGCAGAAGUUCAAAACAAAGAGGAAACCAGUCUCCACACCAGCUAGUCCUAAUCGUUCAAGUUUGACGUACGGUCGUGAGCCACAAUGCACUUGCAUGUCUCAAGAACAAUACGCCAGAUUAAGGGCUCAAGAUCCUCGAUAUCGUUCAUCGACUCUUCCGCGUACAACGACUCGCGCAAUAGAAACAGAAGCGGCUGUUGCGGGCACCGCCAACAGAGCUGACAAGGUUGCCGCGGCCACAUCUUCCACUUCGCUGUACGACAAUGUCUCUAAUUCACAACCGACAACUCAGCCACCGCCUAAACCGGCUGCUCGUCAAGCUGAGAGCCAGCCGCCGCAGCGCCCGCCCAAGUCGCAGGAGACCUCCACUAUGACUACCAACACUUCCACAGCACCCAAGACUGUCACCGCUUCUGUGGGCACACACGGCACUAAUACAUCUGAGGAGUCGCAAGGAGCUACCAGCUCGGGCCAGCACAAUCAAGAUCUGAAAUCUGAGGGCGUGCAGGCUGGGGGCACUCUCACCACCUCCAAGUCCUCGUCCACCUCCACACGCUCCAACAAGGAACACUUGCAGCACAUGCCAAAGAGCGUUGACUAUGGAGACGGCAAUGAAUCCUCACGUGAGUCGGAGAAGCACUCGAUGCAUCAUCACAAUGUUAUCAACAACAACACUUCGGGAUCUCGGCGUACUAAAUCUAAGAGUACUGAAGAUAUGAAUAUGGAUUCGAGUACCCUGAAACGAAUGCUGAAGCCGAUGCCGUCGACCGAGAGUCCCGUGACGUCGCCUGAGAUGGGUCGACGGCGGUACGGUGGCGCGUGUCCGCCCGCGUGCGCGCAUCCACACCGCCCGCAUCCGCACCCGCACCCGCACGCUCACCCGCACUAUUCGCACGUCAAUAACAACAGCCGACAGAGCUCGCAACGUCGUGGCGUGGGUGUGGGCGCAGCUCCCAGCGGCUACCCAGGGCGCGGACUGUACCUGGAGCUGGGCGGAGGCGAACGUGACUUGUCACCGCCCUCUGACAACGUGAUGUUCGACAACCAGUGUUACGCCACCACGCCAUCCUCCUCCAACGGCAACUCGGACCAGGAGCCAUGUCAGCGGCGAGAUCCUCGCAUGCAUCAUCAUCCGCAGAAGCCGUGUCUGUCGCGGCAGGCGUCGCAGUCAAGCGCGACGCCGGCGCCCGGAUCGCCCACCUCGCGCCUUCUGCUUGAGUACGAGAUGCACCUUCGCAACACGCUCGCCAAAGGAAUGGACGCUGAGAGCUACAGUCUGCAUACAUUUGAAGCACUGCUCAGUCAGAGCAUGGAAGAUCUAGAAUACAACGACAACAUGCCGCCUUCGAAUCAGCGCAGCCCGUAUCCACCUCGCAGACGCCCCGCAUCACAAUGUUCGGGCGGGGGCAGCCGAUCCUCAACUCUGCCGCUGCCGCACCGCCUUGGGGUUGAAAGACAGCACAGCGCCAGAUCUGAUCGCGACGGAUAUUAUAGCGACCGUAACGAGCUAAUGCGGGAGAGGGAAAGGGAGAGAGAACGGGAACGCGGGUACCUCAGCGAUCACAACACAAGUUUCGUAAGCGCUUCUCGUUGCGCGUCGUGUAUCGGAGAGUCGGCGCGUUCGGCGUGGUACCGGCACUCGGACGGUUGGCGCGGACAGCCGCCGCCUCGUCGCUCGCCCUGGGACUCCCUGCCCAGCCUGCGACACGAGGGCAGCCUUAAUGACUCCGGCUACAGAAGCAAUAGAGCUGACAGCUUUGAACAACGGGGCGUAUUUGACCGUCAAGACAGCGUGCGCUCAGAGUAUGCCAGCGACCGUGAGUCAACGCGCUACGGCAUCGUGCAGCAGGCUUCCGUCGACAGCACCGACUCCAGGAUAUGCUACCUCACGUCUAGCGAGAUAUCGGACGAUGAUCGCAUGUCGCUGACGACUGCGGUGUCAGACGAGGAGGAGGCCGGGGAGAGCGCGAUGAACUCCCCCUACAAAGGCAAGCAGACUGGCGCCGCGGCGGCGUCCUUCAACUGCACCGGCGCUGUCAGGAAAGCGGGAUUCUUGAGCGUGAAGAAGUGGCUGCUUCGUAAAAAACAUCAGAUCGAAUUGGCACGCAAACGAGGCUGGAAGGGAUAUUGGGUUUGUCUGAAAGGCACCACUCUUCUAUUUUAUCCGUGCGAUUCCCGAGAGGGUCGGUCCGUAGAGGCCGCUCCGAAGCACCUUAUUAUAGUCGACGGCGCCAUAAUGCAGCCCAUUCCCGAGCAUCCGAAGCGCGAUUACAUAUUUUGCCUGAGCACAGCGUUUGGCGACGCUUACCUAUUCCAAGCUCCGUGCCAAGUCGAGCUCGAGAACUGGGUGAAUAGCAUACACAGUGCAUGCGCUGCGGCGUUCGCCCGCCACCGCGGCAAAACCGGAACGCUCCAUUUGCUGCAGGAGGAAAUAUAUCGUCUUGAGAAAGCUAUAGAAUCCGAUCACAAGCUGAAGCAGAUGGCGGACCUGCAGCAGUCGGUGGUAUCGGAUCCGGAGACGCGAGCACAGCUGGUGGUGCAGAUGCUGCAGUGGGAGGAGAACCUGGAAAGACUUCACUGCGAGCAGUUCCGUCUGCGCUGCUACAUGGCCAGCCUACAGAGUGGCGAGCUGCCUAACCCUAAGUCGCUGCUUACACACGUGUCUCGCGGCACAAAGAGCACGCUGAACAAGCUGGGCGUGUUCACGGUGUCGUCGUUCCACGCGUUCAUAUGCGCUCGCUCGCCCUCGCUACUCAACAACCUGCUGGCUGGCCGCGGAGCCACCAAGCGGCGGGCCCCCAACCUCUCCCGCUCCAACUCCGGCUCCAGUCGACGCUCCAUGCAGAUGUCACGUGAGGAGAGCGAGGCGGCUGUCCGGGUGUCCCUCCCUGAGGGUACCACAGCCACAGUGGGGGUGAGGGAAGGGAUGUCGGUGGAGGAGUUCCUGGUAGCCGCCUGCGCUCGACGCUCUCUCAACGCGCUGGAACACUUCGUGCGCGUCAAAAAGCGACGUGAUAUGGAGGACCACAACUACUUCGUGCCUCACCGCAGUGAUCUUAUUGAAACAUACUUGCAUACUCACGAAGUCGUCGAAGUGUGUGCGAAGAUCUUGUACCAAGUGGAACUGCAGCGCAACACUCUGGAGCAGAUGUGGGGCUUCAGCGUGGAAGCGGAGUUGAUAGAGAACGCGGAGAGACAGGACGAACUCUGUUGCUACGUCAGCCGCGUCGAAGACAAGAGCGUUGCCAUGCAGAACGGGAUAAUCAAAGGCGACGAGAUAAUGGUGAUCAACGGAGCAAUCGUGUCCGACCUCGAUAUGAUGUAUUUGGAGAGCGUCCUGCAAGAGGAACUCUCGCUCGUCAUGAUGAUGAGGUCGUCACGUACCGAGCCGCCGGAACUGAGCGGUGUGAUGCGCGCCGCGACCGACGACAUAAUAGACUCGCUGGUGUGCCCGCCGCCGCCCAGCGAGCCGCCCGUCAUCUCCGACGACAUGAUAUCCGGCCUCAUCGUGCCCGCGCCUGCUUGGAGUAAAGAACUAUACAGCCCCGAAACAGAUGCACAUGGCGGUGAUUCUACAACAUCCGGACCUCCCAAAGUCAGCUCUAGAACUAAUUCAUUCGAAAUCGAGAAUCUUCUUAAGAGUGCGGAGCAAGUGACUGGUUGGUGCCGGUCGCCGGCGGACACGCGGCGCGGCAGCCCCACCGGCAGCCUCGCCAGCGCCGCCGCCACGCCCUCGCGUCACCUCUCUGAUGCCGACAAGCUGCGCAAAGUGCUGCUCGAGCUGGUCGACACCGAGCGUGCUUAUGUCAAGCACCUAAACAAUUUAUUGGAAAAUUACUUGGAGCCAUUGAAGAAGGAAACUUUUUUAUCGAACGCCGAAAUCAACGCUCUGUUCGGCAAUAUUCAAGAGAUUGUGACUUUCCAAAGACAAUUCUUGCAAAAUCUCGAAGAAGCCCUCGAGGCUGAACCUAACUUCCAUCACUUCGAAUUCUCGAAUCAAUUCAAGAAUGUCCUCUUUGCCGUGGGAAAUGCUUUCCUAUAUUACGUCAAUCAUUUCAAACUGUACAGCUCGUUCUGCGCAAGUCACAGCAAGGCUCAGAAGGUUUUGCAUCCGAAUGAGGGUAAUCAAGCUCUACAAGAGUUCUUAGCGGCGCGCAACCCCAAGCAACAACACUCCUCGACUCUGGAGUCUUACUUAAUUAAACCGAUUCAGCGGAUACUCAAGUAUCCAUUAUUACUGCAACAACUCAGAAACUUGACUGACGUUAAUUCUGAGGAACAUCUCCAUUUAGUAGAGGCAUUAAAAGGGAUGGAAAAAGUCGCGGAACAUAUAAACGAAAUGCAACGAAUUCACGAAGAAUAUGGUGCUAUAUUUGAUCAUUUGUUUAGGCAACACCAGAAGUCUUGCAAACAACCAAUAGAUCUCAGCCCUGGUGAUUUGCUGUACUAUGGCGGUGUAGAAUGGUUGAAUAUAUCUGAUUUCUUAGGGAAAAUUAAGAAAGGUUUGGAAUUGCACGCCAUGUGCUUCGUCUUUAAAUCCGCAGUUGUUUUCCUCUGCAAAGAAAGACUGAGACAGAAGAAGAAGUUGAUGGGCGUGUCGUCCAAGAAUAACUCUAAUGAGGUGGAGAUAAUAAGGUACCAAGUGUUAAUCCCUGUGACCGAGGUGCAGGUGCGCGCCUCCUCUGCAAAGGACAUGGACAGCCACUUCCUCUGGGAGCUCAUACACCUGCGGAGUCAGCUGCAGCGCCGCUCGGAGAAAGUCUACGUACUCUCUAAUAGCACGGCAGACUUCCGCAACGCGUUCCUGAAGACGAUCCGUCAGAUAAUCCGCGAGUCAGUGCGCAACAUGUCGCUGCCGAGCUCGCGGCCCGCGCCCACGCCACCGCGCGCCCCGCACACCCUGGAUCGCGACCGCGACCGCUCCAAGCACCAGGUGCAUGUAAUGCAGGGAUCGCAGACUCUUGGGAAAACAAAGAAACCUAAAACUUCUGGACAACGUUUAUCAGCCGGCAAUAUUGAGGUUGGUGACUUGUCGCGGGAGAACUCUCAAGACGCCGAUGAGCCCCCUCAAGAUGUUUCCUCAGACGAACCCACGUUCAGAACUCGAAGCAAGACUGUUAAUGAUUCCUCUGAUAGCAGCAGCAAGCGGACUUUGCCGCCGCUGCCGCCGCCGCCGACGACCGACACGGACAGGUCGACGGAGCAGGGCUCCACGGAGCCAGGUUCUAAGUCGGAGGGCGAGGACGAGCCGCCGCCGCCGCCCGCCAAGCGAGGGUUAGGCAGAACUCCCAACCACCUCACCCUAAGCACGACUUCGACCCUGAGCGCCGGCAGCACCGGCAGUCAGGCGCGCCUCAUCCAGUCUUCCCACCAGCCCACUCAGUACCAGCCAACGAUGGUCAAAGAACUAGGGUCGCCCGUGUGGAAACCGCGCGAGGUGGCGGGCGAGGCGUGCCCUGCGCCGGCAGCCGUCGCGCCCACCACCCUGCCGCGCUCGCAGCGCCCCGCGCCCCGCGCGCACCACCUCUCCGCCAGCCGCAAGUCGCUCGCGCCCGACCACCGCCACUAGCCGCCACAACUACCCACCACUACCCACCACUACCCACCACUACCCGCCACUACCCAUCACUACCCAACACUACCCUCGUCCUCAAACACCCAGGGUUGCCACCGGUACUGCAUUAUAAAGUAUUCAGACAUUUCAUAUCAUUCUGCUCGAAAACAAUAAGAUAGGCAUAAUUUUGCAUUACAUUUAUUGAGUACGUUAACGAAUAAACACUGGAACUCUAUGAAUUUACUAUAAUUUAACGUUAUUAAGUUUCAUGCAAGUUUUUAAAAGUGACAGAUUAUUGUUAUUAAAGGUUCUUAAGAGUGAUGGAUAAACACCAGUUUAUUUAUUUGCAAAAAACUAGGUGGCAACUCUAAAUGCAACGUUUUCAGACGUUUUCCUCUCCAUAUAAAGCCACAGUCACUGUCCUAAAUUUUCAUAAUUAAAUUUUAGAUAUCGUAAAGUAAGUUUCAAAAUUACAAAUUGUUGAUCUUUCAAAUUUGUUUGCUUAAUUAAACUUAUUGAUUUCUCCUUUUAGUAUAAAUCUAAUGUCUGGGCUAUAAAUCGGUAUCUAUUCCUAACGUAAAUAUCGUUGACUUUAAACAUUACUGUUAAUUAAAGUUUUUAAACGUGGGGCGACGUCAUUUUGUUUGAAAAUCGACUGAUGGUUUUGCAUGUCUUUAGGAAUUGUUAUACACGCUCGUAGUAUCAAAGAAGGCGUUUUUAUUGUGACAAACUUUAUCAAUAUAACAAUGUUUUUUUUUAUAUCGAAACCGGAUAUGUCUUGAAUAGAUCUUUAAUAUUUAAUUUACUUUCUCGCUUCCAAAUGUUUAUUUAGUAUAGUUUAUAAACUUAUAGAUACGAUCUAGGUUAUGAACAUUCAUUGUUACAAAAUGAAAUAACCUGAACGUUUACAAUAAUUUCCUUGAAUGUCUCUUUAUUAAACAUUUCCAAUCCCAUAAAACGAAGCUCAAAGUUUAUUUUUAUAUCCACUUUGAUACAUUAAACCAAAUUUAAAAGACUGCAUGAAACUAUAAUUUGACAGACAUUAUUAAAAGGACAGGAAACAAGUUUAAGAUCGGUAUUUGCUAAAGACAAUCGGAGUGGGAAUGUUGACAGAUAAAUGGAGGCUAUAUAAAUUGAUUGAUAUAAAUCGAAUAGCAACAAAUUGCAUAACACGACGUAGUUUUAUCUCUGCUCUAAGGUGAUCAAUCACAUAAUAAAAUAAUUUUCAUAGACACUAAGUUUUAUUUAUAUUAGAUCUACAAUCUUCUUAUGUAAGUUGGAUCUUAUAAUUACAAAUAAUGACAAUAUCAAUAGAAAAACCAAUUGCAAUCGUUGCAUUAAAUUAGUUAUUUCUGAUGUAGUUCGUAAUCGAAAACCUAAAUUUUAUGUUUAUUAUUUCAAAUGGUUAUCCAUAAUUCCUUCAACGUGUUUAAGUUAUAUCUUCUUAUAUCGUAAUUUAAAUCAUAUAAAUAUAUAUUAUAUGGAAGAAAAAUCGCAGAAAGUUAUCAUUGUUCUAACUAAAAAUAUGUAUAGACUUUAUCUAUGUUCUUAGAUGACACUGUAAGUAUUCUCUAUAUUUAGUUUGUCUGUAUGUUCGUGAAAGCUCAAUGGAAUUAGUUCACUCGUACUGAACGGUAUCCUGUGCCAAAUUAGGUAUCCUUUAUACCUAUGCUUGUUAAUAUUCACUGUUGACAUUAAACAGAAAUAUAUCGACAAUGUAGUUAGCUAUAAUCAACGUGCGUUUCGUUUGACACGGUCGCCGCGACACACUACCCUAUAGUUCAAAAUGCACUUACCCUAUGGAAGUACACUAGGUAGUUUUGAUAAUAAUUUCUCUUCGUGAUCAAAUUCGAAAUUCUAUCAUAGGUUAGGCGAAUGGUAUAACAUAUAUCCUAGAUUAUGUUUGAAGCGACUCCGAAAAAUAUUUGUAUGUACAAUUAAUGUUUACUUUUUGUAGGUAAUUAAUUCAUGCUGAUUUUUGAAAACGUGAACUUAUCUGUGAAAUGGAUGUUAUCAUUUUUUUAACUUUUUUUUGG